GCAAAACUAUUUGAUGUCACGUCAGACAGUCUCCUAAAGGAUGCGUUGAGUGCCGCACAACUUCACACACACCUUCCCCUCCCUUUCGGAAGUGGAAUCGCAGGACAUGUGGCCCUCACUAAGGAAAACGUCAACAUUACAGAUGCUUAUCAGGACAACAGAUUUAAUAAAGAAGUGGAUUUUCGCACCGGUUAUCAUACAAAAGCUAUUAUGUGCCAGCCCAUAUUGAACUUCAGUGGGGAUGUGAUAGGAGUGGCCCAAUGUAUCAAUAAAAACAGCCAUUCAUUGCAACAAUCGUUUACUAAACGCGAUGAACAGGUCUCCAAAACGCCCAGUUGUUUGAAAUGUCAGUUAACGAGUAUAAACGAAACCAGAUCCAUAUUCCAAGAGACAUCCUCUUUGGACGCCUUAAUAAACAAGAUUAUGAUCAAAGCCCAGGGACUUCUUCACAGUGAUAAAUGCCGCGUCUAUUUAGUGGACAUCGAAGGCCAACAAUUUCAGGAAGAAUACAGUGAAGCCAUUCGAAGUCAUUUGAAUGUCACUCAAACCGUUACCAAACAUGUCAGUCUUGAGAUAACUAAGACUAAA